CCAUCAACAUUAUUAUUAAAUUUUUUAAUUUUAAAAGUACAAUAAUAAUUUCAAAAACAACAAAAAUGUUCAAAUUAUUCGUCAUUUCUGCUUUGGUCGCUACUGCUUAUGCAGGUGGCUAUGGUGGUGGUGCUGCCGUUAGAGCUAGUUCAUCUGGUUCAGGUGGCUAUGGGGGUAGUUCCGGUGGCGGCUACGGCGGUGGUCUUAGCGGUGGACAAACCGUUGCCGCUGCUAUUCAAACCAGACAUCAACUUAGUUAUGUUGAUGUUCCAACCACAAGAAAUUUGAAUCCAGCUACCAUUGAAAUUGGUGCCAGUCAAUUGCCAGUUACAAUUCUUUUCCGAUCAUCAAGUAGUUCAUUGAAUGUUCAACAAGCUCAUGAUGGCGCUAGUGGAAGCACUCAAGAAUCAUCAAGUGAAGAUGAACCACAUCGAUUGGUACACCGAGUCACCAAACCAAUCAUCCAAGAAGUUCAUGAAGUCAUCACACCAAUGCGAAAAAUUCAACAAGAAAUUUUGCCAGUACAAGAAGAAGUUCUUACAUUGGUUGCUCGUGAUCAAAGUGGCGGUUCUUCUGGCGCUAGUUUGGGUGGCUUCGGUGGUGGCUCUAGUGCCGGUUUGAGUGGUUCUGGACGUGGUGGUUUGGGUGGUGGUUUGGGAGGUGGUUUAGGAGGAGGCUAUGGUGGUGGUGCUUCACUUGCAUCACGUGGACGUUCAAGUUCCAAAGGUGGUUAUUAAGCGAAAACAAAAUAAAGAACGAUUAUCGCUUGAUUUAACAAACAACUAACCUACCUACCUAUUUACCUAUCAACCUAUCAAAAUCAAAAUAGAAUAAUUUUGUAAAUAUACAUUGCACAACAUUUGAAUUCCCGGAUAGUGGAAAAGCAUCGGCUCAAUCAACCAAAGAAGAAAAAAAAGAAAUCAGCAUCCAUCAAAA